UUGUGGAUAUUUUUUAAACGUGUGUAGAUAUACUGUAAAUAUAACUAACCUUCAAAAUUUUGUAUUUAAUAUUAAUCAUUGCUAAUAGACAUUAAUUAAUAUAUUGAAUUUAUAGAAAUACAAAUCUAGUGUAUUAAUUUGAAUCUGUAUGAAAAUACAUAUUUGAUAACACAGUUUAUAUAAAAAAAAUUUAUGUUUGAUAUAAAUUAUAAUUUAUUGUUGUUUAUUUGUUGUUAUAAUAUAACAGAUUCAAAUAAAAGAAAAAAAAAACCAGGGGAAAAUUUGCAUCAUGCUAAUAAAAAUAGUUGAAUAAAAGAAAGUAAUGGCCAAAUGUCUUAUUUAUAAUAUUAAAGUAUAUCUAUUGCACAAAUAUCCAUUAUUAUCACAGUACAGCAGAAAAUCAAGAGUAGGUUUACUUAAUUUAUGUACAACACAAGUAAUAAACAUUUCUGCUUUUUUUGAUAUUCAUAAUUGCAAUAGAUUUUAUAAAAACGAUAUAUAUAAAAGCUCUGUAUGCACCAAGUCAAAUCAACCAUUUAUUACUAACUUAUCGAAUAUUCUUUCUGUUGAUGCACAAGAGGCAACAAAAAUCUGGAAGAAUAUUAAAAAAUGUAAAAAAUUAACAAAAGAUGAAACAAUGAAUAUGAUUACUAUUGUAAAAAACGCUGGCUUGUCGACACCUUUAAUUGUAGAAAAUUUACCAAUGUUAAUAAGAAACAUUGACGUACUAGAAGAAAAGAUAUUUUGCCUUAAAACUCUUGAUAGUAAUAUUACUGAGAUGCUUCCAUUAUUAGACAUAAGUAUAAAGCAUUUAAAUACAUUAAUAUAUAUUGGCAAAGAAAAGAAUAACAAAACGGAAAUAAAUAAACUUAAAUAUCUUGCAGAUGAACUGCAGUGUAACGUCUAUACAUUGUACAAAUACAUUCAAAAAGACCCAACAAUAAUAAAACUUUCGUUUAGGAAAAUGAGAGCAAUUGUAAAAGUACUGAAAGAAUUUAAUUAUGAUUCCAAAGAUAUAUUAUUAAAUCUUUGGAUAUUCAAAUACUAUCCAAGAACUAUAUAUUUAAGAACAUCAAUGAUGAAAGCAGCAGGAAUGGAGAAAAUAAAGCCUUGGAUAAUUCGAUCCUCUGUACUUGGAUUACGUGAAUAUAUCAAAAGAUUAAAAAAAAACGAAAUAUUCAAGAAUAUUUAUAGUAGUCACAUAGAGUUUUUAUCUAAAAAAUUAAAUUUAACCGAAGAAGAGGUUGAAUUUUAUAUUAAUAGAUCUCCGCAAUUGUUAAAUCUAAAAUUACAAAAAAUUGAUGAAGUAAUAAACAUACUGUAUAAAUAUGGAUAUAGUGCUCAAGAUAUCUUAAUGUGUCAACGUAUUUUUUUACUUAAAACAAAAUUAUUAGAAGAACGACUUAAAGUAUUACGACCGUUACGGGGACAACAUAGACUAUCAUUAAUCUAUUGUAGCUCGAAGAUUUUUAAAACUAUACUUAAAAAUACAUGUAAACCUAAUAAUGAAACAACACUUGAUACUGAUUAUAAAUAAAUCUAAUAAGUAAAAUAUGAGUUUGUGUAUGAUACGAUUUGAUAUAAUUUAUGUAACAGAUU